AUGGCGGACUCGUCCUCGGGAGCCCUAGUGCCGUCCGUGGUGAAGACGGAGGGCAGGAGCGCCAAUUCGGCUGGCCCUGCCGGCGGCGCCAGGGCCGAGUCGACGAAUGCUGCGGCAGGAGGAGCAGCGGCCUCGGCGGCGACUGCGGCUGCGGCGGCGGCGAUGCCGGCGGCGGAGGAGGCCGCCGGAGCAGGGAUGAGCGGGAGUGGGGUUGGAGCGGCGGCGUCCUCUGAGGAUCGCUGCGACAGGGAUCUGCUGUGCCCUAUUUGCAUGGGGAUGAUCAAGGACGCGUUCCUUUCGGCCUGCGGCCACAGUUUCUGCUACAUGUGUAUCGUGACGCACCUCAACAACAAGAACGACUGCCCCUGCUGCGGGCACUACCUCACCAGCAGCCAGCUCUACCCUAAUUUCCUCCUUAACAAGGUACGGGCGUCUUUUCCGAAAAAGCCGGCCAAUCUGGUCGUGAUAUCUUGCAUUUCUUCCGAUCUGGGUACCGGUAGCUUCAAUUCCGACGAUCCCCGGGAUUAGCCAUGGCCAAAUAUGUGCACGAUACUCCAUGUGGAAUCGAUCGAGGAGAGCCCAUCAAAUCCGUGAAGUCUUUCUGUGGGAUCUCAGUCGAAAUCGGUCAACAGCAGGGGCUGAACGUCCAACACAGCGGAAGAAAUUUACGGGUGGUCAGGGGAGAUAAUUAUUUUUAAUAAUCUCGCAGGCUGGCCUCCGGGGAAUGAGUGCGUCACUGGGCAAAUAAUUUCGACGUUGUUUAGAGCAUCCAAUGCAUUUGAGACAGGAAGAUUGCUCGGAUCUCUGGGUCUGAUAUCAAAAAAAAUCAGACUCUUUUCUAUAAUUAUCUCAAUUGAGCUCCCCUGGUUGCCAUGCAUCUAUCUCACUGAUGCUCACAUAAUCUCAAGCUGGUGAUUACAACUUUGCUCCAGUCUAUUCCCAUUCCCAUUGCUCAGAGCAUCAUAUGUACAACCUAUAUUCUCCAGUUAGGGUGUGAAUUACCAAGGGGAUGCGGUGUAGAUGAAAGUUCUUCAGAGUUUGUGUAUAUAUUUUUGGACUUGUAUUUAUUUCUAUUGUUGCUCCCAUUAUGCAGUUACUAAAGAAGACAACAGUUCAACAAAUCGCAAAACGGGCAUCCCCUGUGGAACAUCUUCGUUUGGCCUUACAGCAGGUAACUUGGCCACCUCCCACGCUCAGAUAUCUUCAUAGUCAACUCUAUAUUUAUUUAUUUAUAUAUUUAUAGUCCUUUCUGGGCAUAUUUAUUUAACUCUUAAAGAACAGUCUUGAGCUAUCAAUGCAGAGAUUCCUUGCUCAUCUCAAAAGUGAUCUGAGAAGAUGCUACUCUUUACACUUAAACUGCAUCCUUCUCAACGCCCUUGACUUUCCCUUUUUAAGAAAAUCGUACUACCUUUCCAUUAUUAAUGUUGGGGGUCUCUUAGUCGGGGGCAAAUAUAUGAUUCGUAGUUUCGGAGCUUCUUCUGUACGUUGACUUUACUCUAGAUUUAAGGUCGAUCCACCUAAAAGGCCAAUGUGGUGGGCGGCUGCCUGGUUCAGGACUUGUGGUGAUGGCAUAAUCACUUGGGUUUGCCUCCACCCAGGUAGAUAGACAUCAUGGGGAAAUCUACUCGGCUUUCAUCGUACCCAAAAAGCUGUGGUUUGAAUUACCUCAAAAAAGUUUCUUGAACAGCAGGAGCUUCCUCUGAGGAAAAUAGGGCGAUAUGGCUUUCCAAGAUAGAGAAUGAGAUUUUAGCUUUCAUCCUGGUUUUAUUCAAUAUUUGUAACUGGGAAAAUAACGGAGAAUUUCAUGAACUCAACCAAUUCAACUGAAUCGUCAUCCGAGAUUACUCAUUUGCAGAAUAGUCCACCGACCUAGAUUGGCUGUCUGGUAGUCUUAUCUUGCAUGGUUAAUGUUAUAAAUGAUCGUGAUGGUAUGGGCUGUGAGAAACUUUUCUAAUGCUUAGUACUCCUCAUAAGAUUAGGAAGCAUACUGCUGGAUAUGAGGGAGGAGCCUUCUGUGUCUAUCUCACACAAAAGAGAUGUUAGAUCUAUAAUUCCAAAUUCAGACCUUGAGAAUUCAUUUUCUGAUCCCGAGUUAAUCUUUGAUAGGCUGGCAGUGGGGGGAAUGAGCACUGUAGGUUCAAGUAUCGAAUUAUAGAUGAUGGGUUGGAAAGGAAGAAUAAUACUGAACCGGGACAAGUCAAUGCUUUUGUGAGGCUAAUGAAAUCUAGGGAGAGAUUCUGAAUCAUUUACUUCAAUAUGCCUUUUGAUUUUACAAGUCAGAUUUCUUUUCUGAUAGAUGGAAGAAAGGCUGCACAUCAGUUAUAUCCCAUUUGGGAAGUUUGGAUACGUCUCAACCAACUUAUUUAAAUAUUACUAUACGAUGAAAAGACCAUUGAAAAUGAAAGUACUUUAGAAAGAUGUUUUUGCUAGGAUCAGAAGGAUCGAGUAGAGAGUUUAUGACGUUGAAUGGGAGUUAAGGAUGAAGUCGGAAUGCUCAUAUUUCUUUUGGGUUAUGGGAACUCUGAGGCCUAAAUGUUCCAUCAGCUGACGAUUUAUUGAGCUGAUAUUCGGUGAAAACUAUUCACUAAUCAAAUAAUCAUUCCAUGUUAUAAUUUUCAGUCUUCUGCUGAGAGAUUGAGGAAGAGAUACAUCUAUAUACCUAAAAAUUUACUUCAAAGUUAUGGAAAGACUUAUGAACAGGAUUUGUAGACCUUUUCAACCAUUAACUCAAGAUGCAACAUACCCAGGUUGAGACUCCUCUCUUGGGUUGAUUAGAGAGAGAGCCGAUGAAAUUUACCUGAACCGCUUCAGAAACAGCUUAUCCCUACCUGAUCAGUAUCGGUCAUGCUAAGGCCAGUAUUUGCCUGAUUUGUGACAUUCUACUUGCAAUCCUAUUUUAACAUUCAGUGUAGCAAUGACAGUUUCUGGCAGAGGGCAACCAUAUCCCUAGUUUUGAAAGAUUUCAGACUAUGCUAAUUUCAUCCUUAUUUUGACAAAAUAAUCAUAUAUCUGUCUGGUGGUAAAUACUUCUACUACCUAGUUGAUAUUAAUAUUAUAUUGUUUCACGUUUUCAAUAGAGAAUCUCCAUGACGUUCGGUGAGUGGUUGUAGAAAAAUACCAAAGCCUUUUUUCCUGCAUUGCCCUUUGUAAGUUUUACCUCAAUAGAAUUAACUAAUGUCCUUUAAUGAAAAAUGUUCUUUGAUGCCUUCUAUUCUUGAUCAGGGAUGCGAGAUGUCUGUUAAAGAUCUUGAAGCUUUGUUGUACCUUCUGACGGAGAAGAAAAGGAAGGUGGAACAAGAAGAAGCAGAGACAAACAUGCAGAUUCUACUGGAUUUCCUGUACUGCUUGAGAAAGCAAAAGAUUGAAGAGCUAAAUGAGGUAACCUAACUGUGUGCAGAGGUUGAAUUAUAAUAUCUAGGAUUACUAUUUGUUUAUACGCACUUAAUCCAGUAUUAUGGUACAUUUCUGAAACAUUUAUGAUGAAGAAUAUUUUUCUGGUGUGGUGCAUAGUUGAAUGUUUCAUUUGGUAUUAAUUCUUUCCAAUAUCCCAGUGUUCAAUUUUGGAAAACAGGCAAUCGUGAUUAGUUUUUGAUAAUUUAUUCGCCCCAAACUCAUGCAGGUUCAAACAGAUUUACAGUACAUCAAAGAAGACAUAAAUGCUGUUGAAAGGCACAGAAUAGAAUUAUACCGAGCAAGAGAAAGAUACUCAGUGAAAUUGAGAAUGGUUAUGGAGCCUGUUCCAGCUAAACUGCAGACUUCAACAAUGGACAAGAAUACUAAUCCCCUGGUGUCCAGUUCUCGCAGUACUUAUGGUGGGGGUGGCCCUGGAAAUUUUCAGAACAAGAGAACCGAGAUGAAGCCUCAAGGCAGUUCUCAGGGUCACCAAAGGAAGGAGUUUCCCACUGGUUCAGAUGUACAUCAGUCUCCCAGUCAAUCUGGAGUUGCUGUGGCUGGGAAAAGACGAGUCCACCAACAGGUUGGUGAUUUACUUUCUGUCACGUGUUAAUGUGCCCCUUUCUCUGCAAUUAAAAUUUCGUUGUUUAGAAUUUUUCCAUAGCCUUGUUUUACUUCCUGGAAGGAAGCCGUAGACUGCUAUCAAUUGAAAUAUCGAAAUGCUUCAGAGUCUAUUGAAUUCUAUAAAAAGAUGAUUUGUUUCCUUUUAAGCCAUACGUUACAUUUCUGCUCGAAUUAGAUAGGUUUCAAGUCUUCUUGGUUUUCUCCCCGCUUUGAAAAAUUUGCCAUUGUCCUUAUCGAGCAGCUUUCAUUCAUUUUUUCUGUAGUAUGCUGGUACUGUUGCUAUCUUGAUCCGAAAACACUUGACUUUGCCGUUUAUUUGUAUCAGUACUUCAUGUGACUGGAGACAUACGUUUAUAUUAUGUGUCGUAGGUUAAGUGAAUAGCUUGAAACUUUGAAUCAUCUAUGACAUCCAGUCCUAACUCGAUGCUGUAAGAUGAAUGGCUUUUGUCCACUGAUUCAAGCCGUGUGAAGUUUGGAUGUUGUACUAUGACUGCAUGCAGCUGCAACAUACCCUGUACUAUCUAGGCUUCUCAAGCACUGAUGUUCUUUGGGCUGUAAAACGUCCAAUGUCUCAUUCCUUCUCCAAAGUUUGGGCUGUAAAAAAUUUUCGAAUCUGCCUUUGAACUAUGUCUUUCUGUGGUUUCUUUAGCUUGUAGGAGAAUCAAAAUGAAUUUCAUCACGUGAAUUCCUCAAGCUUGCUGUAAUGCAAACAAGGUUCCAGAAUCCUUGUGUUAUAUUUAUUUUCACAAUGCCGAACUGAGACUUGUCUCGCCGUGUCACGUCCGCUCCAGAGAGAUGUUCAUUCACCAUGCUUUGGACACUUACCAUUUUCCUCUUCAAUGUCCAUGUCAAACACUGCUGAUUUGAUUGCUGUAGAUCAAUUCUCCUCUGCUGAUUUGGUUUCAAACAACUCUUCCCAUGAUUGUGGCUUAUAAUGUCAGUAUGCUGCAGUUCAAUGAAUUGCAAGAUUGUUAUCUGCAAAGGAGGCGCAAUGGUGCUAGGCACAUGAUCAAGCAGGAAGACAGAGAUGUGAAUGUGAUACGAAGAGAGGGCUACAGCGCAGGGCUUGAAGAUUUUCAGUCUGUGCUCUCCACAUUUACCCGUUACAGGUUUGCCAGCCAGAACUGUUGAUUUUAAUUUGAUUUUUUUUUUUUUUAAUUCUCUGUUCUCCAUCCUAAAAUUCUCUGUUUCCUUCAGUCGCCUGCGGGUCAUUGCAGAGCUUAGACAUGGAGAUCUUUUCCACUCUGCAAAUAUUGUGUCCAGGUGAGUAAUCAGCUCGAGGUGCACUAUACAAUCAUGUCUAUCAGAACUGAAUCCUAAAAGGGUUGUGCUGGUCAAAUAGUUCAUUAAAUACUAUACAGGGCAAAUAAUCAGGCUAAAGUCAAACCCACAACUCAAUACGCUCCUGGCUCACUAGUAGUUACUGUUUUGGAAAUUAUAUGUAGUGCAUUUUUGUUUUUUUUUCCAUGAAUAGAUGGAUGGAUGGAUCCAAUAAAUCUGACGUAAAGAUUUGUCCCUUUUUCUAUAUUUGACAUUCCUUCUGGCGCAUGAGCUAAUGGUAUCUGCUCUCCUGAUGUCUCUGCAGCAUAGAGUUUGACCGUGAUGAUGAACUGUUUGCAACUGCUGGAGUUUCAAAGCGGAUUAAAGUUUUUGAAUUUUCUACGGUUAGUCUGCUUCUGAAUCUUCUACCGCAUGAAACCACCGUUGCUCCUCUAGAACGUUGACCCACCCCACAACUUCAUGUUUCCAGAUUGUGAAUGAGCCUGCGGAUGUGCACUGCCCAGUUGUGGAAAUGCCCACACGCUCUAAACUGAGCUGCCUAAGUUGGAACAAGUACACCAAGAACAUCAUCGCUAGCAGUGAUUAUGAUGGAAUAGUAACUGUUUGGGAUGUAGCCACUCGCCAGGUAUGUUAGUUCCCCCAUGCAAUACUUUUUCAUAUGACGAUGUGUCACACGAUGAUACUCGUGUUCACGAUAGAAGGCGACUUUUGUUUUGCUGUCCCCAGAGUAUAAUGGAGUAUGAAGAACAUGAGAAAAGAGCCUGGAGUGUUGACUUUUCUUCCACAGAACCGUCGAUGCUUGUGUCCGGUAGUGAUGACUGCAAGGUACAAUAUGCCAAACUUUAAAGUCAGCUGGCAAGCUGUCGACUUUUCUAGGUGCCGCAUCUUUUGUUUUCAACCCGUUGACUAUUUUCGUGAGAUGGGUUUAUCUAAUCUUCAAGGGGCUUGCGCCCACCUUUGCAUCCAGCAUUGGGCUGUCUGUGGCAUCAAUUCUCGACUAAUUGGCUUCAUUUUUUAAGCUAAUUCAGGCUCCAAGCUUACUUUUUCCUCUUGAACUCUGAAAGAUCUAUAAUCAUCUCAUAUGAUUUCACCCCCAGCCGCCCAGUAAUUCUUCUCUUCAACGAGCAGGUGAAGGUCUGGUGCACCAAGCAGGAAGCUAGCGUCUUCAACAUCGACAUGAAGGCCAACAUCUGCUGCGUCAAGUACAAUCCGGGCUCCAGCAUCCACCUGGCGGUACGACUCGGCCCGCACUGCACCCUGUUUAGAGCGUUCCUCCUCUUGAAUGGGUCUAAUUCUCCAUGGUGUUCUUCCAGAUCGGCUCGGCCGACCACCAUAUCCACUACUACGACUUGAGGAACAUCAGCGCCCCGCUCCAUGUCUUCAAGGGUCACCGGAAGGCUGUUUCCUACGUGAAGUUCUUGUCGACCAGUGAGCUUGCGUCUGCGUCGACGGAUAGCACCUUGCGGCUGUGGGAUGUGAAGGACAAUUGCCCGGUAUGUUUGCAUGCAUGCAUGCAUCCGCUGAUGAAGCAUUUAUUGCCGUUGACUUUGCUGAGUGUUGAUCCUCAAAAAAAGGAAAAAGGGUUUUUUUCCCCGGCUUUCUUCGGAUAUUUUUCUGCAAAAGAAAGUAUUUUUCUCGGCCGGUGGGAUCGUCAACGGAAGAGUGAUGGUGCUGCGCUUCCUGCUCAGGUGAGGGCAUUCAAAGGCCACACGAAUGAGAAGAACUUUGUCGGCCUCACGGUGAUCAACGACUACAUCGCCUGCGGCAGCGAGACCAACGAAGUCUUCGUCUACCACAAGGUCAACCCCCCUACCUCUUUCCAACCACCAACUGUAAAUUUCCUCUUUUUUUCUGUUUUUGGCAUCGUUGACCUGGGUGGGUGGGCUUGCAGGCGAUUUCAAAGCCGGCCGCCUGGCACAGAUUUAGCUCCUCUGAGAUGGAGGAUGCAGAGGACGAUGCCGGCUCUUACUUCAUCAGCGCCGUCUGUUGGAAGAGCGACAGCCCAACGAUGCUGGCCGCCAACAGCCAGGGGACCAUUAAGGUGCUUGUUCUUGCAGCUUGA